CGACGUCUAGAGAGAUCAGUUGAAAUUAAGUAAUAGAAAACUGUAUUAAAUCUUUGACAUUUAUGCCAAUGUCAUUUAUUACCCAAUCACAAAUGUCGAAUCAUCCACCAAUCACACGAUUCACACCAAAGACCAACCACAAACCGUAGUGCUGUGAUUUAUUUUCCCUCCAACGAAUCUGUCACUUAUUUCAUUCAUAAAUACACUGACAAGUUGAAAUGUUAAUACAUAGAUGGACAUACUGUGCUGCAUACUAUUUCGUAGUAAAUAAGCCUACUGGGAUGCGUGUUUUAUUCAACAAAUUGGAGCGGCUUGUUUCCACACCUUACUUCUACCACCGUGAUCAGUGUCAAACAACAAGUAGUUAAUUCGUCUCGUACAAAUAAUCUACUCGUACACAUGUCCCAUAAUUUAUUUUUAUCUCUAUUUCUAAUUUAUUUCUGUUUUGCAAUUAAUUGUUCACAUGUGGAGACAAAAAAUAACUGCGUCUUGAAAAGCGACACAUCCUUGGCAAUUCCACUCUUUUUUUUACAAAUGUAUUUAACAGGUUUCCAUCUACCGUCUCUGUCUAAUAACAUGGACAUCGAACAGGUGACGGACACACUACAAAUGUUGAAGUUAAACAACAAUUUCUAAUUAAAUGAACACAAUCAUUGUGAUAAAUGUGGUAUUACAACUAACGACGUUUAAGUAGCACGAUACCGCGUCCCUCCUCUAGGUGUAAUAAUUACUAAUAAUUAGUGUAGGUUAAACAAUGACAUUUCCAUCAUUUUUACAAACGAUUCAAGACUACGUGGUUGAAUACAUUGAUAUUGACUAUUCUUUGUGGUUAACAUGGUGCUUAGCCCCUUUGCUCAUCUCGUUUCUGCUUCCUGUAUUGAUAGCCCUAUUGCUGUACCUGACUGCUUUUAUUUUAUACAUUUACAAACUGCACUGGAGGAGCAUUCGCAUAACGUUACAAAUAGGUGACAAAUGGGACGCUGCCAGGAGAACUGCAGCAGCUGUCUGGGACGCACAUGGUUGGAUCUGGCAUGGAUACGAAAUACGGGGCUUAGAGAAUCUUCCUGAAACAGGUCCAGCGCUGAUUAUCUACUACCAUGGCGCUAUUCCCAUAGAUAUUUACUAUUUUUUAGCGAAGACGAUGGUUUUAAAAAAUCGACUAGUCCACACAGUCGCCGACUAUUUUUUAUUUAAACUUCCAGGUUUCAGUAUUAUUGCUGAUUGCAUGAAAGUUAUUCCGGGCACUAUUCAGUCGUGUUCUAACAUUUUAAAAGAAGGGAAUUUGCUGGCGAUUUCCCCUGGGGGUGUGUAUGAGGCGCAGUUUAGUCAUCAUUACAAUUUAAUGUGGAAAAGACGUUUAGGCUUUGCUAAAGUAGCACUAGAUGCGAAAGUUCCAAUCGUACCUAUGUUUACUGAAAAUUUGCGAGAGGCGUUUAGGACCUUGAGUAUAGGUAGACGAAUGUUUUUGCGACUGUAUGCCAUGUUCAAGUUUCCAUUUGCUCCAAUUUAUGGCGGCUUUCCAGUAAAGAUGAUCAGUCAUGUGGGGAAACCUAUUGCCUAUGACCCAAACUUGACGCCCGAGGAUCUACAAGCUAAAGUCGCGGCGUCUUUGAAUGAUCUUAUUAAAAGAAAUCAGAGGGUACCUGGGAGUAUUUUGUAUGGGAUUUUGGAUAGAGUACCGUAUUUUAAGGCUAAAAAUUCAGUGCCACAUGAAGAAUAGGCUUCCAUUUUUUUUUUCCUGAACAUUCCUGUAUUAUAUGUAUUUUUCUUUAUUGUUUUUAUUUUUACGUACAUAUAAGUACUUAAAUUUUAUUUAUUUUAUUUACGUGAAUUGGUGAUUGUAAAUAUCGUAGUAAGUAUAGUACAAAUAUUAAAGUUUUUGUGUAAA